CAUGCAUUUCAGAAUCAUAGUUGUGGGUUUUAAACACAUUUUCUUCCAUGGCUACCCACAAAGUUAUUAUGAGUAUUGUUUUCUUUGUGUUAUUGGGUUUAGGCAUAUGUUCUGCGACUAGAUCCCUCCUUACUUUUGAAGGAGGUGGCUACACUCCGGGGUCAGGCGGCACCAUCAACUAUGGUGGUGGUGGUGGUGGUGGAGGCGGCUCUGGAGGUGGCGGUGGUAGUGGCUAUGGAGGUGUAGGUGAACAUGGAAAUGUUGGAUAUGGAGGUGGUGGAGGAACUGGAAGUGGUGGUGGUUAUGGAGCUGGUGGAGAACAUGGUGCAGGGUUUGGUGGAGGUGGUGGUGGAGGGAGCGGUGCUGGUGGUGGUGGAGGAGGAGGAGGCUAUGGUCCUGGAGUAGAGCAUGGUUCUUCUGGAUAUGGAACUGGGGGUGGUGAAGGAGGUGGUGCUGGCUACGGUGCUGGAGGAGAACAUGGGAGUGGAUAUGGUGGUGGUGGUGGAGGAGGAAGUGGUGGUGGUGGUGGAGCUGGGUACGGUGCAGGUGGAGCUCAUGGAGGUGGUUUUGGUAAAGGAGGUGGUAGUGGUGGUGGCUAUGGAGCUGGUGGAGAGCAUGGAGGUGGCUAUGGUGGGGGUGGAGGGAAUGGGGGUGGUGGUGGAGUAGGUUAUGGUGGAGGAGGAGCAGCAGGUGGUGGUUAUGGUAGUGGUGGAGGAGCUGGUGGUGGUGCAGGAGGAGCGCACUCUGGUGGAUAUGGUGGCGGUGGUGGCUCUGGAGGUGGAGUUGGCUAUGGAGGUGGAGGUGAACAUGGCGGCGGAUAUGGAGGAGGUGGUGGGAGUGGAGGAGGUGGUGGUCAUGGUGGCUAUGUACCUUGAGAAUACCUUCUCACUUGAUCAGUCUCCUAGAUGUCCUCUUACCUUUUCCUAAUAUGAAAAAUAAAAUGUAAUUUUGAUAAGAGGAUAUAAGUAAUCAUCAAAUGCAAAACUAAUACCAACAAGAUUUGGAUCAUUAUGUAUUGUUUCGUAACUUUUUUUUUUAAUAUGAGUGUGCUUUUUAUCUUUUUA